AUGGCGCCGGCAGUUGGAGGUCCAGUUGGCUACACACCCCCGGAGGGCGGCUGGGGCUGGAUGGUGGUGAUAGGGGCCUUCAUCUCUAUUGGCUUCUCUUAUGCGUUCCCCAAGUCCAUCACAGUCUUCUUCAAGGAGAUUGAAAUGAUCUUCAACGUGACCAGCAGCCAGGUCUCCUGGAUCUCCUCCAUCAUGUUAGCGGUCACGUACGGCGGAGGUCCUAUCAGCAGCAUCCUGGUGAAUAAAUAUGGGAGUCGCCCUGUUAUGAUGCUGGGAGGAUGUCUUUCUGGAUUGGGCCUCGUCGCUGCCUCUUUCUGCAACUCUGUCCAAGCACUGUACUUUUGCAUUGGCGUAGUGGGAGGAUUGGGAUUGUCCUUCAACCUUAACCCUGCCCUCACUAUGAUUGGGAAGUAUUUCUACAAGAGGCGGCCCAUUGCCAAUGGCCUUGCCAUGGCUGGUAGUCCUGUCUUCCUGUCCACGUUGGCACCUCUCAACACGUGGUUCUACGACCGCUUUGGCUGGAGAGGAAGCUUUCUCAUCCUGGGCGGCCUGCUGCUCAACUGCUGCGUUGCCGGUUCCCUCAUGCGACCCAUCGGACCGAAACCCAAACCGGUGGAGAAGAGUACGGAGCAGAGGUCCUGUUCGCAGAUCAUAAACAGCUUCCUUGACCUGUCUUUGUUCAAGCACCGUGGCUUCUUACUUUACAUUUCAGGCAAUAUUAUCAUGUUCUUUGGCCUUUUCGCACCAUUAGUGUUCCUGAGUAAUUUUGCAAAGAGCAAAGACAUUCCGAAAGAGAAAGCAGCUUUCCUGCUAUCUGUCCUUGCGUUUGUUGACAUGGUUGCCCGGCCCUCGAUGGGUAUUCUGGCCAACACCAAAUGGGUUCGGCCCAGAAUCCAGUACUUCUUUGCCGCCUCUGUGCUAUACAAUGGCGUGUGUCACGUCUUCGCCCCAAAGUCAGUCGACUACAAAGGCUUUGUGAUUUAUUCCAUGUUCUUUGGCUUUGCUUUCGGCUGGUUGAGCUCCGUAUUGUUCGAGACCCUGAUGGACCUGGUGGGAGCCCAACGAUUCUCUAGCGCCGUUGGCCUGGUCACUAUCAUUGAAUGUGGCCCCGUGUUGCUGGGGCCCCCCUUGCUAGGCAAGUUUAAGGACAUCUAUAACGACUACAAGUACACGUACCAGGGCUGCGGGAUCCUCCUCAUCGUCUCCAGUUUCUUCCUCUUCAUGGGCAUGGGCCUCAACUAUCGGCUGCUGAGGAAAGAGAAGAAAGCAGAGGAGCGCAUGGCCAGAGUGGGAGAUCAUAAAUCCUACAGGGUCAAUGCGGCCAAGGUGGUAGAGGCCAGGAACACAGAUACCGUCUAA